AUGCCGAUACUUUCAAAUCGGCAUUUCAUCAAACGCCUCACAGGCAAAACGAAGCCCAUUUCCCAAUUUCCUCCACCUCGAAAGCCAAUGGCUUCUCCUUCACUCUUCUUCUCAUCCUCCGUCGCAACCGGAAACCUUCGCCGGCUCUACGCCUCUCUAUUCUGCACGCUCAUCAACCUCUUCCUCCGCUGCGGCCGCCUGUCCAAAGCCGUAGAGGCGUUUUCCGCCAUGAGAGAGAACAGAUUCACGCCGAAGGUCCACGAGUGGAACAGUAUCCUGAGACACUUUAACUGUGCCGGCCUGGUUAAUCAGGUAACCAUUGUUUACUGUGAAAUGAUCGCUUCUGGUGUGCGCCGUGAUGUGGCUGCGAAGAACGUAGUUGUUCACUCCUUAGCUAAAACGGGGGAUUUUCAUAGGGCUCUCGAUUUGUUGAGAGAUAAUGGAGUUCGUAUAUUAAUGAGCGACGUGGUUACUUAUAAUACUGUGAUUUGGGGGUUCUGUAAAUAUGGGCAUGUGGAUAUGGGGCUCGGUUUGGUUUCGGAGAUGGUGAAGAGGAAUAUCGAUUUUGAUAAUUUCACUUGUAAUAUAUUAAUGAAAGGAUUUUGCGAUAAGGGCAUGUUGGGUAAAGCUGAAAUGAUUAUGGGCAUGUUCUGCAGUAGUCUAGAUGGAGAUGCUGGGAAGGUUUGUAGAGAUGUUGUAGGUUUUAACACCUUGAUAAAUGGUUACAUUAAGUUGGGAGAUAUUAGUGGUGGUCUAGAGUGGAUGGAGAGCAUGAAGAAAGAGGGCUUGCCUCCUGAUAUUGUCACAUAUAACACAUUGAUCAAUGGAUUUUGUGAGAUAGGAGAUUUUGAUAGUGCCAAGAGGCUCAUGGAUGAACUCUUAGAUUAUCAUAAUUUUAAUUAUGGAGUUGAUGAUGUGGAGGAAAUGCAUCCGAUGGCAGAUCAUAUUACGUACACGAAUUUUGUUAGUGGAUAUGUAAAGCAGCGUAGAAAUGAGGAAGCAUUGGCUAUGCAUAGUGAAAUGAUUUCAAAGGGACUCGACCCUGAUGUAGUUUCAUAUAGUUGUGUCAUGAAUGCGCUUCUCAAGAGUGGGAAGUUAGGAGAGGCCAAUAGCCUAUUCUAUGAGAUGUUGAAGGCAGGUGUGAGCCCAAACCAGUUCACCUACUCAAUUUUAGUGGACCGUUUGUUUAAAAAUGGUAAUGUGAUGGCUGCAUACAGCUUCCAAAGUCAGAUGGUAGUUCGUGGAGUACCAUUUGAUGUUAUCAUGUUCACUACACUAAUCAACGGGCUCUUUAAGGUUGGAAGGGGAAAUGAAGCUGAGGAUGUGUUUUUCCGCCUUUUGGAGUCUAAUGUGGUGCCAAAUCUCAUCACGUACUCUGCAUUGAUCGACGGUUAUUGCAAAAUAGGUGACAUGAAAGGUGUUGAGUCUGUUUUGCAGCAAAUGGAGGAAAAAAAUGUUCUUCCCAAUGUGGUAACUUAUUCAUCAGUAGUGAGUGGGUAUGUGAAAAAUGGAAUGCUUGAAUCAGCUGUUAAUUUACUGUUGGACAUGGUACAUAAAAAUGUCAUGCCGAAUGUUAUAACCUAUGCUUCCCUAAUAGAUGGCUGUUUGAAGUCCGGCAAAAGAGAAAUGGCUAAAGAUCUAUAUGAAAAUAUGAGAUUGCAAGGAGUGCACGAUAACAAUUUUAUAUUGGAUGCUUUUGUGAACAAUCUGAAGAGAGAGGGGAAAAUGGACGAGGCACAAGACUUGUUUAAUGAUUUCGUGUCAAGGGGAUUGUUACCCGACCUUGUUAGUUAUACAUCCUUAAUGGAUGGUCUUUUUAAAGCUGGAAAAGACUCAUCUGCCCUAAAAGUUGCGCAAGAAAUGACGGAGAAAAAUAUCGGGUUCGAUAUUGUUACCUUCAAUGCUUUACUCAAUGGGUUGCUUAGGCCUGGUCAGUAUGAUGUGCAAUCGGUUUAUAAUGGGUUGCAGCAGUAUGGUUUGGCUCCAAAUCAUGCUACUUUUAAUACAUUAAUCAAGGCUUAUUGCAGGAAAGGGGAGUUAGAUAAUGCUCUCGCGCUUCUAGAUGAGAUGAGAAGUCAUGGCUUACUUCCGAAUACGGUGACUUGUAACAUUUUGAUAGAAGGGCUCUGUGAAUCGGGUAGUUUUAGUAAAGCAAUGGAGUUGUUGAAAGAGAUUUCACUUUGUUCUGGGAUUCGUCCGACAGAAAUUACGCACAGAAUUGUGAUAAAUUCUGCAUCAGAGAGUAAAAGGGCUGAUGAUAUCUUUUUUAUGCACGAGAAUCUCGUGGCCUUGGGACUUACCUUGAAUGCGGCUGUUUAUCAUAAUUUAAUUACUGUUUUGUGUAGACUAAAGAUGACGCGAAAAGCAGCAGUUGUAUUAAAAGAAAUGAAAGAAGUCGGCUUUCCUGCAGAUACUGCCAUUUACAAUGCUCUGAUUCGGGGUCUUUGCAAAAGCUCCCAUUUGGAUGCAGCUUUUGCUAUAUACCUUCAGAUGAUAAACGAAGGAAUUUCUCCUAAUAUCACGACGUAUAACAUUCUUUUAGGUGGAUUCGCCUCAUCUGGAUCAAUGCACCAGGUAGACGAACUCCUUUCUGAAAUGAAAGAAAAGGGGUUUUUACCGAAUGGGACAACAUUUGACAUUUUGGUUUGUGGACAUGUGAAGACCGGAAACAAGAAGGAAUCCAUACGACUUUAUUGUGAAAUGAUAACCAGAGGUUUCGUUCCUCGUAUCAGCACUUAUAAUCUGCUUAUCAGUAAUUUCGCCAAGGUGGGGAAAAUGAAGCAAGCCAUGGAGCUUUUGAAUGAAAUGCACGGAAGACGAGUCAUGGCUAAUUCCUCAACUUAUGAUAUAUUAAUAAGUGGAUGGUGUAACUUAUCAUAUCAGGAAAAGUCGGUAAAGAAUUUUUGUCAAGCUGAGGCAAGCAGGUUGUUUAAGGAGAUGAGUGAGAAAAGCAUUACGCCGAAUGAGAGUACUAUAAAACAUCUGAGUUCUGUCCUUGCAAAACCGGGGAAAGUGGUGGAUGCUCAUAGAUUGUUGAAUAAAUUAUACAAUACAAAACGAUAA